CUUACUCUUCCCCUUCGUCCUCUCCAUUAUUCAUUCAUUCACAGCGAUAAUAAUAUUCUUUGAAGCUUUUAAGCUUGUUUGCGAAGACGAAGACUCAGACUCGGAGUUGUUGUUCUGCUCAGAUGGCAGUCCGCUUCUGGACAGCCCUGUUUCUAGUGUUUCCCUGCCUUUUCAGUAUUUCUAAUGCUAGCGCUGGAGAUGCCGAUCUAACUUACAGGACAUGUGUUUCAGGAUGUGAGAUAAGUGGUUGUGUUGGACAAGAGUGCUUUCCUCAGUGCAAUUCUUCAUCUAAUGGUGGUCCAUGGUACAUCCAAGAACCUCUGUAUUUACAAUGGAAAAAAUUGGGUUGUCAAGGUGAUUGCCGUUAUCAGUGUAUGGUUAAUAGAGAGAGAGAACGUGAAACUCUUGGUCAAGCCCCGGUCAAAUACCAUGGUAAAUGGCCCUUCAAACGUGUACUUGGGAUUCAGGAGCCUGCUUCUGUUGCUUUCUCUGUGCUCAACCUAGCGAUGCAUUUCCAUGGUUGGCUUUCCUUUUUCAUUACGCUGUACUACAAAUUGCCUCUGAAACAAGAUAGGACAGCCUACUAUGAAUACGUUGGUCUGUGGCAUCUCUAUGGUCUCCUAUCCAUGAACUCGUGGUUCUGGAGUGCUGUUUUCCACAGCAGGGAUGUUGACCUCACAGAGAGGUUGGACUACUCAUCAGCAGUAGCCGUUCUUGGAUUCUCACUUAUAGUAGCCAUCUUAAGAACCUUUGAUGUUCGGGUCGAGGCUGCAAGGGUCAUGGUAUCCGCUCCAAUACUAGCUUUUGUAACCACCCACAUACUAUACAUCAACUUCUACAAACUUGACUAUGGUUGGAACAUGAUUGUGUGUGUGGCAAUGGGAGUCUCUCAGCUUCUCCUAUGGGCAAGAUGGGCCGCUGUCUCGAGCCAUCCAUCUAAUUGGAAACUUUGGGUGGUUGUGAUUGCUGGAGGCUUAGCCAUGCUUCUAGAGAUAUAUGAUUUUCCUCCAUAUGAAGGCUACUUUGAUGCUCACUCAAUCUGGCAUGCUGCCACAAUUCCCCUUACUAUUCUGUGGUGGAGCUUCAUUAGAGACGAUGCUGAGUUCAGAACUUCCAGUCUCCUCAAGAAAUCUAAAACAAAGGCAAAGUGAGUCGCUAAAUUUCACAAGGUUUUAAAUUUGAUUGCACGAUUCGUUUCAGACCACAUAAGCACUAGGAAAAAAACAAAAGGUGGAAAUGGAUUUAAAUAUCAAGAAGGCAGAGUCUAUUGUUUAAAAGCUAGCUGGUCUGGAUUUAGUGACUGAAUCAGAGGUUUCUUCAGUUUUUGUCAAUGUUUAUACGUGAACUAUUUAAUCUGCUUUGAGCCUUUCCGAAUUUUGUCUUUGCCUUACUUUUGGUCAAUUGAGAUUUUGAUAUCA